UCUUUUAAGAGAGUUGUGGUUCUUGGACUUUUCUCACUCUAUUUUUGGAGAUUUCUUCAGAUUUAACAGGAAGCAGCUUAAAAGUUGAAGGACAAAGAAGUUUGGUGAUAUUUCAUGAGUGAAAAGAUGUCAGACUCUGGAGUCAAUCCACACUUGGAAGGGAUUAUUUCAGAUUUUGAAGCUCUAAAGAGGUCCUUUGAGGUGGAGGAUGUCGACACUUCAUCUCACUCCCCCGGAUCCCGCCGGACCACCAGCUCCCCUCACCGCAACGCCAUGUCUCCCACCAGCAUCUACUACCGUGACCUGGGCACCGCGGCCAACAACAACAACAACCUCAACUUCACCCAGCCCCGCUCCAUCAUGGGUGGAGGAGGCUCCAAGACCCCCGAGCCUGUGUCACGCCGCUCCGAGCUUUCCAUCGACAUCUCGUCUUCCUCCAGCAAGCAGGUGGAUAGCCUCACCAGCCCCGCCUCCUCACGAUUUGUGACCAGCAGCACCGUGAAACGCCCCGAGGUCCUGGGCCACUCCAAGACCCCCGAAUUGGGCCACAAGAGGGAGGUCACUUUUGCCAAGACACCCAGUGACUCCCCUGUGAUCCGGCGCAAUGAGGGGAACAGUAACAACAACGGGACCAGCCGCCCCCCCGAGCAGAAUCACGCUCGCAAGUUUGAGGCCCCCAGUCCCGGGGAUGUACGCAAACCUGAAAUCAGCAUCACCAGAGCUCCUGCGGAGAACAACGGCCACCACGCAGCGGUGCACCACCCACACCACCCCAACCCACACCACAACACCAUCGUGACCACCUUCCGCUGCUCCUCACCGAACCAUGGACGCAGAUCCCCCAACCCAGAAAGGUCAGAGGUCAGUCUGAGCCACAGCAACAUGUCUGAGUCCGCCAAGCCCCACCACCCCGGGCCUCCGGUCAAGGGUGAGAAGACCCAAGGCAGCGACUUCAGCUACGUGGGCAUCGAUGCCAUCCUGGAGCAGAUGAGGAGGAAGGCCAUGAAGCAGGGUUUCGAGUUUAACAUCAUGAUUGUGGGGCAAAGUGGCCUGGGGAAGUCCACUCUGAUGAACACCCUGUUCAAAUCCAAGGUGAGCCGUAAAUCUGUUCAGCCCAGCCCAGAGGAGAGGAUCCCCAAGACCAUCGAGAUCAAGUCCGUCAGUCACGAUGUUGAGGAGAAAGGAGUGAGGAUGAAGCUGACAGUGAUCGACACUCCGGGAUUUGGAGAUCAGAUCAACAAUGAAAACUGCUGGCAGCCCAUCAUGAAGUUCAUCAACGACCAGUAUGAAGCCUACCUGCAGGAGGAGAUCAACAUCAACAGGAAGAAGAGGAUCCCAGACUCCAGAGUGCACUGCUGCAUAUACUUCAUACCUCCCACAGGCCACUGUCUCCGGCCUCUGGAUGUGGAGUUCAUGAGGCGCCUCAGCAAGGUGGUCAACAUUGUCCCCGUCAUCGCCAAGGCCGACACGCUCACCCUGGAGGAGAGGGACGACUUUAAACAGACGAUCAGAGAAGAACUACGCGCAAAUGGCAUCGACGUUUAUCCUCAGAAAGAGUUUGACGAGGACGCAGAAGACAGGAUCAUCAAUGACAAAAUCAGGGAGAUGAUCCCUUUUGCUGUGGUGGGCAGUGACCAGGAGUACCAGGUGAACGGGAAGAGGAUUCUGGGCAGGAAAACAAAAUGGGGCACCAUAGAAGUUGAGAAUAUUGCACACUGUGAGUUUGCUUACCUGCGAGACCUCCUCAUCAGGACGCACAUGCAGAAUAUCAAAGACAUCACAGGCAGCAUCCACUACGAGACGUAUCGCGUCCGCAGGUUAAAUGAAUCCAACGGCCAUUUCACCUCUCUUCCCGCAGUGGAGCCAAAAAGCAACGGUCUGCCCGCGGAGCAGCCGGCCGUCCUGCAGGCCAACGGAGUGGCCGCCCAGCACGGAGCCCUGACCCACGAGAUGUAGAGAGUCCCGCGUGGUGCCAAAUUAUGAUUCAGGACACAACAGAUACACACACAAACACAAAAGAACACACACACAUUUUUAUUCUGUUUACAUGAACAUACACACACACAAACACACACACACUCAUGCUGUGAAGACCAUUUUUGUUACAUAGAAGGACUACCUAACCACAGCUUUUAAUUUAUCAGGAGGUUACAAGACACAGGACUCAGAGUAAAUCCCAGCAUUUUGCUUCUGUUGUGUUUUUUCCCCAGUUACAAUUUUGAGCAAAGUCACGUCUUCGCUGCAGAUCCACAUAUUGUACCGCUUGUUUUUUUCUCCCCUCCUGCCUUUGACUUCCCUAUGCAAUCUACAUUCAGGGUUUUUUUACAAUAAACCAUGAAUGUUGUCAGGUCACAGAUAGACAGAACCAAACUAAACACGUACAGUACAUGUCUCAUUAGUCAGGUUUGUGCGCUGGGUUAAUUUUUUUAGCGCUUCCAAUCAUUGUCAGUGCAUCGGCCAUGCAGGGAAAAUGGGAGGGAUUUGAGAGUGAAGUUAUAGGUACAAGAUUUUGAUUGGAAUCAAUCAGGAUUAUUGUGAAAGCUGAGGAGAAACCCUAAUUCAAAAUGAAGUACAGCAUGUGGGAUGAUAUACGAGAUUAGCUCUGAACUAGGAACAACUGUCAGCGCCACUGGCCUGCUCUACUUUGUGUUGUGGUGUAGAGUUUUGUGUAGAUACUAGGGUUAAGUAUACGGAUAUUAUAGAUUAGGUUUAUAGUAUUACGGAGGAUAUAAAGUUAUUGCUGACACAUCUGCACUGCAAAAUAAACAAAAGAAAGCAAUAGCAGUGUGGAGCAGCUUUCGGGGAGAAAAGCGAGUCGUCUCGUCAUUAUUCUGUUGUGUUAUGAUGUUUUUAAAUCCCUUUUAUGCCAAACCAUCCUGUCUCCUUCUAUAUAAAGACAAUAUUGUGUAACACAGUCAUACCUUGCAUUUUACAUCGCUCAUUUAUUAUUGUGUUUUUAUUGCUGUUGUUGUUCCUGGUCUAUUAUUGUAUGCGAUGGGGCUGUGGAGGAAUAUGUGUAACUGUUUUUUUGUUAUCUGACUGUAAACCAAAUAAAGUCAUCAAAAUCAUUUUUUUCUGUUCUAAAGAGAAGCACAUGCAGUCCAUAGAGUUGUUUUAUGAAUAGGUAUUUAUGUGUAUGUUCAGUGUAAUCAGCAUAAUUCAACUUUUCAUUGUUGCAGGUCUUAAAACAGUGACAGUCUUUUAGCUUUAGACAGUGUUUGUUUUUCUGUUGCCUGCACUCACACAUUAUGUCGUUCCCUGUUGCUUAUAGGCUCCACUGUAAUUGGUGCCCAAUGAGUUAACCUGCCCGUGAAGUAGUCUGUGCUUGUUCAUUCAAUAUUAAUAAUUACGACAGUUAGAGCAGUUACAUUUACAUUACGAGCGAUUUUAUCACAGGAGGAGGUUUCCUUUUUACUAACAGGAAGAAUAUGUUCCAAACAAUCUUGUAUAACACCCAGAAAUUGACACGAUGCCACUGUAUUUGUAAUGUGGAAACAAAAACUUGCAUUCAUUCAUGCACACCGGAUGUUUUAUAUAGAGGCUACGUCUGAAUUCAUAACAUCCUCCUAAUUUCCUGACAAACGUAAGUCAACAGUGUUUGUUUUGCGUCUUCCUGUCACAUUCAAAAAUAUUUUCUGUACAUGCAAAGAGAAGAGAUGACUAUUGUCCUUUAUCCAGAGAAAGUUAUUAGGUUACACUUUGUUUACUGUUGUAUAGUUCUUGUGUAAUUUGUUAUGGUAUCAUAGAUCAAGGUUUCAUCUUUGAUAUGCUAUAUCUCAAAGAAUAAAGAUUGAUAUUUUUAUUGUUUAAA